AUGAUCACUCAGGUGAAGGUGAAGGUGAAGAGAUACAAAAAGCAACAAGUAGAAAGAAGAAGAAGAUCCUCCAGUCCCAGUCCUGUCCCGAUGGCAUCUACUAUAUCAGGUGGUUCCUGGUGUAUAUCAGUGUCGGUCAGACCCAAGGUGGAGGUGCGGAACAAGGCAGUUGUUAAGGUGAAAGCCAUGGCGGUGGCCAAGUUCAAAGGAACGCAGAUGAGGGAGAAGAAGUUGACAGAGAUGAUAGAGAAGAAGGUCUUGGAGGCCAAGGAGGUUUGCAAGGGAGAUCAAACCUCCGAUGAGUGCAAGGUCGCAUGGGACGAGGUCGAGGAGGUUAGCCAAGCCAAGGCCGAUCUCCGCCUCAAGUUGGAGAAGCAAGACCCCCUCGAAUCCUUUUGCCAGGACAAUCCCGAGACCGACGAGUGUCGAAUCUACGAAGAUUGAUCUUCCCGCCCCGCCAGCCACCACCAUGGGAUCGACCUGAUCAACUUUUUUUUUUUUUUUUUUAAUGCCUAUUUGCAUGUAUAAAAGAAUAUACAUGUGUUGGAUAUUGUACGCAGUACGUAUUUGUUGUAGAAGGGAGGAUGACCCAUGACCGUGUAUAAUGUAAUGUUAUGCAAUGCUAUGUCAUGUUAUGUGAUGCCCAAAUAUUUUGUAUUUCAACACGAAUAAUAUAAUAUAAUAUAAUAUAAUAAAAUGCAAGUCUUGCGAGUUUA